CAUCUCCUUCAUCAAUUUGUUUGAUUUGAUUAGUUAUCUAUCCCCUUCUGUGAACUUUCUCUGCCAUUUCUCUCGCCAGCCAAACACACCCCGACCCCGUCUCCGCCCUUAAUACACCCGGUUCGCAAUUCCCCCAAACCUCUCCCCCUUCCUCAAUAAUCUUCUCUCCACUUUCCCACCCAUCCAAUUUAGGGUUAGGGUUUUCACCCUUCCUAUUUCCCCUGAACCAUGAUCGUGCACGAGACCGAUUUCGACCACGACGACGCGUCGUCGUGCUCGAGAUCGAUAAUCGAGACGGUGAACGGCUCCCACGAUUUCACGAUCAAGGGCUACUCCCUGGCCAAAGGGAUGGGCUCGGGGAAGUACAUUUCGAGCGACACGUUCAGGGUCGGGGGGUACGACUGGGCGAUUUACUUCUACCCCGACGGUAAGAACGUCGAGGACAACAUGGCGUACGUGUCGGCGUUCAUCGCGCUGGCGGGCGAAGGGACGGACGUGAGGGCGUUGUUCGAGCUCACGCUUUUGGAUCAGAGCGGGAAGGGGAAGCAUAAGGUUCACAGUCACUUUGAUCGGGCGUUGGAGAGUGGGCCUUAUGCGCUGAAGUAUCGAGGGAGCAUGUGGGGUUACAAGCGUUUCUUGAAAAGAUCUAUUUUAGAAUCUUCCAACUUUAUCAAGGAUGAUUGCCUUGCACUGCGUUGCACUGUGGGAGUUGUCAGAACCCGAGUGGAGGGACCUAAACAAGAUAGCAUUCCUAUACCACCUUCAAGUAUGGGCCAGGAUCUCAAGUCCUUGCUGGAGUCCGAAGUUGGUUGUGACGUAGUUUUCGAGGUUGGUGAUGAAAAGUUCAAAGCUCAUAAGUUGGUACUUGCUUCUCGCUCUCCUGUAUUUAGAGCCCAAUUUUAUGGACUUAUUGGAGAUCCUAACCUGGAGAAAGUAGUAUUGCAAGAUCUUGAACCCUCGAUCUUCAAGGCAAUGCUCCUUUUUAUUUACUCAGAUAAGCUUCCUGAUGUAAAAGAAAUUAUGGGCUCAAUUUCGGUGUUCACAUCCACUAUUAUGGUGCAACAUUUGUUGGCUGCAGCUGAUCGCUUUGGUUUAGACCGUCUGAAACGGUUGUGUGAGGAAAAACUGUGUGAAGCAGUAAAUGUUGAAACGGUAGCAACAACUCUUCCUCUCGCUGAGCAGCAUCAUUGUCCACAGCUUAAGGCUAUCUGCUUGAAAUUUGCGGCAGCAAACUUGGGAGUGGUUAUGCGGUCAGAAGGGUUUAGGUACUUGGAAAAGAGCUUCCCUUUGCUGUUGUCUCAGCUAUUGGAGGCAGUUGCAGCAGCGGUGGAUGAGAGCUCAAGUUUACUGCUGAAUAGGAAGAGAAGUACCACCAGCAGCAUCUGUGGGCUAGAUCUGGCAGCUGAGGGGGCGGCAGCGGAAUCAGCAAAUCCAGCUGUCAGGCGCAUGCGGAGGCGGUUCUAGCAAUACUGCGUAUGGCCAUUCAAGUUCCAAGUUUUGUUAAAUGCUCCUUUCAGGUCUUAAGAGAAUAUGGGGAAACGGAUGAUUCGAACCCAUACAUUAACCUGGUGAGGACUCUAACCUGGACGUUAACCUGGUGAGCAAGGGUAUUACUCAAAGCUCUUGUGCUGUGUAGGAAACAGAUGGAUAUGAUGAGAUAGUAAGACCUUUUUCCUCUAUUCUUGUUUAGUUGCUAGUGGAAAGUGGACCGUGUGAAGAGAAAAAUCGGAAGGAAAACAAGUGGAAAAAUGUUGGCGUAGCUUCAGAGAAAGCUCCCUGUGUCUUUUUUACUUUCAUUUCUUUUCAAAACCAAACGAAGUAUGAUAAUCAACUUUCCCUAGCAUGUACCUCUUAAUUAUUUUC